AUGCCGCAUCGGCCCACCCGGGAAGAACUUUUGGCUGCCGCCAACGGCUUCUUGGGACGCCUGAAAGUGCGCUUCAAGUGGGCGUCGAUCCGGAGUAUGAGGCCGUGGAAUAUUGACGAAUGGGGCGCAUUUGUCUCUUGGUUCCUGUUUGGGCAUCUGGUCUGGAUUCUUGUCGGUACCACGACCUUCUUCUCCAUCAUCAUCUUCAGCAUCAACACUGUUUUUGCCCAAGAAACUCUCGCGAAAUGGGUUGGCGAUUCCUUAACCGAGUCUGCUGGGGUCACCGUCGUCUUCGAGUCGGCGAUCGUCCCCAAGUGGGGAGAUGGCGUGAUUAGCUUCAGGAACGUCUUCGUUUCGAGACGACCUGGGCAGACCACUUCCUCCGUCAGCAAGGGUUCUUCUACGAACGCUGCGGCUGUGGCAGCUGCUGGAAAGCACGGCGAGCAAGACGGGGAAGAGGACGACGGCAACUACACGCAGUACGACUUGACGAUCGCCACCGUCAACGUCACCUUAUCUUUCCUGAAGUGGUGGAAUGGCAAGGGCUUCCUGAAAGAUGUAGAAGUCAAGGGAGUCCGGGGUGUCGUGGAUCGCACGUCCGUACAUUGGUCGGAUGAGCAAAUUGAUCCGCUCUCUUACCGACACACUCACCAGCCUGGGGAUUUCGAGAUUGAUUCAUUCAAACUCGAAGAUCUUCUCGUAACGAUUCACCAACCAAACAACUUCCGGCCGUUUUCGGUCAGCAUUUUCUCGUGCGAGCUGCCGCAGCUCAGAAAACAGUGGCUGUUCUACGAUUUCCUCUCGGCAACUCACAUGUCCGGCUCCUUUGAUGGAUCUCUUUUCACGAUUCAUCCGCGACAAGUACACGGAGCUGUGGCUGGGCGAAAUGGAGACGCUGCCAGUGAUAUUGGAGAGCCGUCGGCUUGGAAGAAAUUCAGCCGCCUUCGCAUUGACGGCCUCAAGAUUGAUCAUCUCAACCGAGGUGUCGAGGGUCCCUUCGGCUGGAUAUACGAGGGCAACGUCGACAUCGUCGCGGAUGUCAUGUUCCCUGCUGAUUUGGAUGAUGGCAUCACGAAGGUCAUGUCGGACUUUUACGAUCAACUGGAAGACGCCGUCAUUUCCAACCGCAUGCGCCUGCUGCAGAAAGACUUGCUCGCAAAUCCUGCGUCCUUCUUGGGCCCGACUCCUACACAAGGCCACCUCUCUCAAGCCACGCCAGAGUUCGCCGAGAGCCACACCCCGGAAGCUCCCGAACUGAUGGAGCCAGAUGAACCUGAGUCGACCGACUCAACCGACGAGGACCGAAGAUAUCUCAUCAUGGACCUACGCAUACACAUGAACGACGUCAAGGCUGCCGUGCCUCUGUUCACCAACGAUCUAACAUACAUCAACCAGGCACUUGUCCGCCCCAUCGUGGCUUACAUCAACGCCAAGAAGACAUAUAUCCCCAUCAAUUGCCGUAUAGUGAAACGCGCCAGCGAUUUCGACGGCAGCUGGACCAUCUUCGACUGCGGUCUCAUGGACGACAUGUCCGCCGAGACGUACGAGGCCUUCGCCCGUGACGUCGAAGACCAGCAAAGCCGCGUCCGCCGGCUCAAGAAGGUCGGCUUCUGGACUCUGAGCCUUGCCGUGCACGCCCUGUUCAUGGGCAUGGCCGGCAACGUCAUCUAG